GUAGGUCUCCAGGACCGGCCAAAUUUUGUUUGGUAAAACUGGUGGUUCUGCCUUCCUCCCUCUCGUCUGCCAGUGAUUGUGCCGUGACACUGCAGCUCAUCUCAGCCGGAAAGGGUGAGUAGUUAAAGCAUGUAUGUGCCUGUUUGUCAGUAUGUUUUGUGCUUGCUGAAUGAGUGGUGCCAGUUGUCUCAGUUCCCGGUUCAACAGGGUAGGUAAACAAGUAACCGAGUCCGAUUCCCCCGGGCUUCCAGCCACAAUUCAUCUGGACAGCUCCACUGAGAUGACUCAGGUUAUGUCCAGCCUCACUGUUCAAUUUUAAUCCGCCUUCCGCCGACGUCCACAAUUUUUAUUUUUUAAUGUUCUUGUUGUUUCAGGUGAAAUUUCCACGUACUUCCACACCCCAUCACAUUAUAGGGGAAGUAGAAGGGGACUUUGUCAGCGUAAUUUGAGGCUAGCACUGAGAAUGUAAACAGCUAUACGUUGUAGAGAAGUGCUGUUAUGAACAUGAUGUCAGUGAGGAAGUCAGAGGAGGCCAGCGACCUGCAGGGACUGCAGAGCCCUGACCCCCUUGUGAGGGAGGCGUUCCUGAUGGCCUACGACUACAUCGACUACGUGACGGCGGGGCAAGGCGCGGCUGUUCCCCCGGCCCCCACAGCGGCCUCCGCUGCCCUGAGGAACGCUGGCGACGAGCUCCUCCUCAGGUUCCCCAUCUUCUUCCGCCGCUGGCCCCGCCUCUUCCAGGACGUGACCGAGCGCUCCGCCUGCCCCAUGCUGCUCUCCAUGCUGGACGACCACUUCGGACAGACCGCCUCCAGGGGGCGCCAGCGAGACCUGGCCUGGAGCGCGGUCCUGUCCGUGUACGUGCUGGCCGGCCAAAUGGCACUGCACUGCCACGAGAGGGGCAUGCUGGGAGUCCUGCCGAAUCUGAAGGAAUGUGUCGGGGGGUACGUGGAGAGGGUCAUUUGCCCCGAGCUAAGGGACAAGGGUGGAUGGUCUGGCUUCAUUUCACGCUUCAGCAAGAAACAAGACCUGGAAGGGCAGGUAAAAGUGGUGUGCUGCUGGACUCUGCUGCUAUUGGCCACAGGUAUCCUUUCCUACUUCCUGUGGAAACGUAGGAUAACAUAAGCGACAGCACCACCUGCUGGUGAGGAUGAGACACAUUUGGACUAAUCAAGAAAUCACAGCCCUGGAGCUGGUUCAUAACGGUUAGCUAUAUUUUUGCCCUCGACAGAAUCCUGGGGGCAGACGGUCAUGUCAAAGGGGUAAUCUUGUGUCUGCAUGUAUGCAUGUAUAUCAAUCAGGGAUUUUUUUUUAAAGAGAGCAGCCUUGUAUACUAAAAAGGCAGCUCUGGCUCCCAGCAGAUUUGGUGUGGGGGUAAGUGUGAUCACCUCACAUGCAGGAGAGGCAUACCAGAGUACAAGGCUCAGUAUUUAUUAUUCUUUCUUUUGCUCAGAUUAAAAAGAAUAUACAAUAACAACUUAUAUUUUUAAACUCAGUCCAGGGGGUUUGGGGAUAGAAAAUAGUAAUUGAAAUAGGUCCAUUGGAGCAACUUCCAAUUUAGGAGGUACAACGGAGUUCACGUCGAUAGUAAUAUCAAGCAAAACACGGCCGUCUGCCCCAUUGAGCGUUUCUAACAAGGCCAGUCAAAUCAGUGACUGAGUAUCACUGGCAGUCUAUAUGAUGUGUUACAGAAGUGAGAUGUUUUUAUUAUUUCCAAUCAACUAAUGUUGAAUUCAAACCUGUAAAUGUUGUACAAUCGGCAGUCAACAAUUUUCAAUUUGCUCUCAUAUACAAUAUGUUGUUCCCGAAAUGACAUCAAGCAGUAAACAAAAUCUUUUACUUUU